GUUAAGGGGAGCGUAUAAAUACACUCCUAUUCUCUUGUUAUCAUUUUCACUAGUUUUCCGUUCAUUACACUUCUCUUUCUUCUCUUCAUUCAACAAUCUUAAAAUCUCAAUUUUAAUUCCUUUUUUUUUUCCAUCCAUAUUCGCCUCUUUUUGGCUUCCUGUGCACGAGGAUUUUUUAAAAUACCUGCAAGAUGACUUGUGAAAGUCUUGACCCACCUGACAAUGAUAAAGAAACAUUUGAAGAGGUUGAUCCGACUGGUCGAUUUGGCCGAUAUUCUGACCUUCUUGGUGCUGGAGCUGUGAAGAAAGUGUAUAGAGCAUUUGAUCAGCAGGAAGGAAUCGAGGUUGCUUGGAACCUAGUUAAGCUUAAUAAUUUCAGUCAAGACCCAUCGGUUGGCGAUCGACUUGUCAAGGAAGUUCAGUUGCUCAGUCAACUAAGGAACACUUAUAUCAUCACUCUUAUUGAUGUUUGGAAGAAUUCCGAGCGUAACACUUUGAAUUUCAUUACUGAGAUUUGUACCUCAGGGAAUUUGAGAGAAUACAGGAAGAGACAUCGUCAUGUGUCGAUUAGAGCUUUGAAGAAAUGGUCAAAACAGGUACUCAAGGGUUUGGUCUACCUGCAUACACAUGAACCUUGUGUUAUUCACAGGGACCUUAAUUGCAGCAACAUCUUUAUAAACGGAAAUGUUGGUGAGGUGAAAAUCGGUGAUUUUGGGUUGGCAGCAACAGUGGGCACGAGUCAUGUAGCACACUCAGUACUGGGGACACCCGAGUACAUGGCACCAGAGUUGUACGAGGAAGACUACAACGAACUAGUCGACAUAUACUCUUUCGGGAUGUGUGUAUUAGAGAUGGUUACUCUAGAAAUCCCUUACAACGAAUGUGAGAGUGUCGCCCAAAUAUACAAACGGGUGACUAAUGGGUAUAAGCCCGAAGCUUUUCACAAGGUGCAUGAUCCGGAGGUGAAGGCGUUCAUCGGUAAAUGCAUUGGAAUUUAUACGCAAAGACCGUCUGCCUUGCAACUCCUCGCGGACCCUUUUUUCGCUGAAGUAGAUGACGACGAUGACAAUAACAAUAACGACAAUUCGACAUGAUGGACGAAAACAUGUAUGCCUUAGCUGAUUUAUUCAUGGACAAAACAUGUAUAUAAGUUCAACAAUUACCUUCUAUUAAUUUCCUGAUUCAUGAUCAGUAAUGUCUUUUUUUAUUUUACAUGUAUUUAAGUAAUCAAAAUUACACUAUGCAUCGUUUUUUUGUUUAUUAACACAAAUUAUCAAGUGAGUUCAUAUCUA